CUGGCUAUGACAAAAUAACGUCAUUCAUAAACUCAUGCAGUGGCCGAUGGGAAUACACAUGCGCAGAAGAAGACAUCUUGGAUUUAAAGGGACUCUAGCUACGAACCAGUUAAACAGGUUGUCUGAAAAGGAGAUGUCCGCAAUGGUUUACCCAAGAGAAGAGAAACUAGAGAAACUAACCCAGGAGGAGAUCAUCUCCAACACCAAGGUGGUGAUCCAGGGACUGGAGGCCUUGAAAAAUGAACACAACUCCAUCCUCCACAGCCUCCUGGAGACUAUCAAGUGCCUGAAGAAAGAUGAGGAGGCCAAUCUGGUCCACGAGAAGUCCAGCCUGCUGCGCAAGUCUGUGGAGAUGAUUGAGCUCGGGCUUGGAGAAGCUCAGGUGAUGAUGGCCCUGUCGAACCACUUGAAUGCGGUGGAGUCGGAGAAACAAAAGCUGCGUGCCCAGGUACGACGACUGUGCCAGGAGAACCAGUGGCUGCGGGACGAGCUGGCCAACACCCAGCAAAAACUGCAGAAGAGCGAGCAGAGCGUUGCCCAGCUGGAGGAGGAGAAGAAGCACCUGGAGUUCAUGAACCAGCUCAAGAAAUACGACGAGGACGUCUCUCCCACGGAGGAGAAAGAAGGAGAGCCUCCGAAGGAUUCUCUAGAUGAUCUUUUCCCCAAUGAUGAGGAAGAGCACGGCCAAGGAAUGCAACACCAACACAACAGUGCAGCGGUGGCUGCAGCCCAGCAGGGCGGCUACGAGAUCCCAGCCCGCCUUCGCACUCUGCACAACCUGGUGAUCCAGUACGCCUCCCAGGGCCGCUACGAGGUGGCCGUGCCUCUCUGCAAGCAAGCCCUGGAGGAUCUGGAGAAGACUUCAGGACACGAUCACCCCGACGUGGCCACCAUGCUCAACAUACUGGCACUGGUGUACAGGGAUCAGAACAAAUACAAAGAGGCUGCACAUCUACUCAAUGAUGCUUUAUCUAUCCGAGAGAAAACACUAGGCAAAGAUCAUCCUGCUGUUGCUGCUACACUUAACAACCUGGCUGUCCUGUAUGGCAAGAGAGGGAAGUACAAGGAGGCUGAGCCACUCUGCAAGAGAGCUCUUGAGAUCAGAGAAAAGGUCCUUGGAAAGGAUCAUCCCGAUGUAGCCAAGCAGCUGAACAACUUGGCGCUGCUCUGUCAAAACCAGGGUAAAUAUGAGGAGGUGGAAUAUUACUACUGCCGCGCCCUUGAGAUUUACGAGUCCAGGCUGGGUCCUGAUGAUGCCAACGUUGCUAAGACAAAGAACAAUCUGGCUUCCUGCUACCUAAAGCAAGGCAAAUACAAGGAGGCAGAGAUUCUGUACAAGGAGAUUCUCACCAGAGCCCAUGAGAAAGAAUUUGGAUCUGUGGAUGCUGAAAACAAGCCGAUUUGGAUGCAUGCAGAGGAGAGGGAAGAAAUGAGCAAAGGUAAACACAGAGACAGUGCUCCCUAUGCAGAGUAUGGUGGCUGGUACAAAGCAUGUAAGGUUAAUAGCCCCACUGUCAACACUACCCUGAGGAACCUGGGAGCGCUGUAUCGCCGGCAGGGCAAGCUGGAGGCAGCAGAGACCCUUGAGGAGUGUGCCAUGAGAUCAAGGAAACAGGGCACCGACCCCAUCAACCAGACGAGAGUAGUUGAAAUCCUCAAGGAUGGAGAUGCUCCUGAUCGGAGGCGAAGCUGCGUGAAGUACGAGAGCAGCUCGGAGGGAGGCGAGGAAGUGAGUAUGGGAGUAGAUUGGAACGGGGCUUAAGCCAUGAAGAUUUUCCUUCACCCCUCUUCCCCAAACCCAACCUCCCCAAACAAAUAGCAAAUCAAAAGGAUGUCUAUGUUGUUCCUUCUGGCUUUUUCCUCCCAAAAACGACUCUUCCUCCUCUACCAUUCCUGCUGUCUUCGUCAAGACCACUCUCCACUGCUACUUCAGUACCUGAAAGAGAAAAAAGGGACAUCUCUCUCUCUCUCUCUCUCUCUCUCUCUCUCUCUCUCUCUCUCUCUCUCUCCUCUUCUCUCCUCUCCUCUCCUGUCCUCUCCUGUCAUCUCCUCUCUCUUUCUCCUCUCCUCUUUCUUUCUCCUCUCCUCUUUCUUUCUCCUCUCUCUCCUUUCUCUUUCUCCUCUCUCCUCUCUCUCUCCUCUCUUUUCUCUCUCUCUCCUUUCUUCUCUUUUCUCUCUCUCUAUUAUCUUUGUGUUAUAUUUAACAUAAUCUGUAACAUUGUAAGGAGCAAGAUAAUAAAGCACUGUAGGAAACUGUGGUUGUGAGAAAACAAAAGCUUGUCGCAUGUUGGAGGUAGAGGUAGAGGUCUUUGGGGAGCACUUGUGUAAAGUUAUUUUCAGUUCACACCGGCUACAGCCAGACUAGACUCAUUGCCAUGUUCAGCUAUAGCCAAAUGUUUUGCGUCGCCCUAUAGAAUUAACACAUUCUGCUUCAUAAAGUGUAAUGAAACCUGCUGAAUAAUGUUACGUUAACAUAUUGAAUUGCAUACCGCUCUGUAGUUUUCCAUAUAUUUAAUGAAAAACUGACAAAUUAAAAAAAAAAAGUGACAUUUCAAAAUCUAACAUGAAAUACUCACCUACAAUUGUGGCUUCUGGUAGACUUGCGAUAUCAUUUUGUAGUUUCUUCGAUUUACAAUUAUGUUAUCACGAUUAUGUUCAUAUCGGGUUUAUUUAUUAUUUAUUUUUUUACAUUGUCUCAAUCCUGAAAUUCUAGGUGAUGCAAAACUUUUGGCCAUCGCUGUACAAUAACCCCCUGUCUCUUAUCAUAAUGUUCAAGCCAGCAAAAAUCCUGCAAAAUACGUUUGCCAUGAUGUACAAAAAAGAAUCAUCUGUGUCUGUUUGAAGUGUAACGGCUUGUAAGACCGCGUGCUACGAUGCAUCACUUGCUGUACUAUAUAGUUUAUUAGAGGCUGCUCUUUUUAAAAUCUGGUUUUACUUGUUUUUAAUCCUUGUUUGUUUUUGCAGUUGGAGUAAAUCUGGCCCUUUUUAAAUAAUUCAAUUCAACUAAAUUAAAAAAAGAAGUAAAUAAAUCCCCAAACCUUAAACUGAAAAGCUUCCUCCUCUGUUUGAGACGAUUCCAUUGCAAUCUGAAUACGAUUAGCUCUUAGGGUCAGUGUGAGGGCCCGCACUGCAGGUGAACUACUGGCUUCAGCAUUUCUUUCUUUCUUUUUUUUUUUUAAGCUUUUGUUUUGUGUGUUUUUGUUUUGUGUUUUCUUUAAUUCAUUUUUUUUUAAUUGAGUGCAACUUUUUGUCUUUUGUCUGUUCUCGAUGAUGCAUACAAAUGGACAACCUUUAUUAUUAAUGAACCCAAACAGUUCAGUUGAAUGGCAUUGUUUACAGCAGGUGUUUUAUAACCUGUGAUGUGUGUCUAGUAGCUUUUAUUAUAUAUACCAUUCAAAAUGUUCUAGUUUUUCUAAAUAUAAGUGGUCACCCUAUUUGCCUAUGGUGUAUAUUAAUAUGUUUUUUCCCUUUUAUAAUACCUGAAGCAGUCAGGAACUAAAGCAUGUUUAGAAGUGAUGUAGAAAUAUUUAUCUUGCAUGCAGUCAUUAUCAUUGUCCACUAGGGGGAGACGCUUCAUACAUAUGACAGUUUUAGAAGCAUUAAGCAGGUGUAUCUGAAGAAAACACUAUUGGUGAGCUUCGACCAAACCCCAGUCACACUCAGGGGUAGACGUACCAAGAUGGGCCAGACGCAGCGCAAACAUACCGCAGUUUGCAUUUCCAUUGCGACAAUUCGCAAAGUAUAUAUUUUGUCGUAUAUACAAAGUGAAAAUAUGUUAAUGAAAGCAGCUGCAAUACAUUUUAAAUACAAAUCAUUGCGCUAAAAUAACACUAGUGUGUUUUGGGUACAUUACACAUUACAUUAUGUAAAAAUAUAAAUCUGUACAAAAGAUCAUGGUCCCAUACAGAUGUUCAGAAUGAGCUGGAGGGGUUUGUGACACAUGUGUGCCGUGUAUUGCUACCAACAUGCUGGGAAAAGCAGAAAUGUCAUAGAAAUUUGUUUUCAAGGCUUGUAGGUACACCCUGACUUUAGUGAAAAUUAGGUACUUGGGUGUUCGUCUCAAAUACAUUGAGCACAACUGGCAACGCAUGAGAAAAAGCAGACUGGGAAAUGCCAGCAACAAUUGUGACUGUUUAAAACGUGCUUUCAAAAGUUCUUAACACAUUGAUGCAAUUGUAAGUGUCAUAAUUGCCUGCAGCGUUAGUACAUCUCAUUAUAAUAUUUGAGAACCCUAAUUUGCACACCAUUUUUGCAAAUUUAUGCAGGAACGCCCAUGACUACAUAUUCGUCUAAAGUUGAACCGCAAAGAAAAACUGCUGCUGCAAAGCAUUCCCUGAAAAGUCACGAACAGCAUUGCGCUUGUUUAGUACAUUUCACCCGAGACUUCCGACUCGUUUGCAACUGAUUUGCGACACCCGCAACACUUUAGUACAUCUACCCCGAAAAGUAUUACUUGCAGCCCUCUUUAAUUUCAGUUUAGAACAGGCACUACAGAUACAUUAUUAUUAUUAUUAUUAUUAUUAUUAUUAUUAUUAUUAUUAUUAUUAUUAUUAUUGGCCUUCAUUUUAAAGGGUAAACUAAUUGAAUGUAUGAUAUGAAUAUUAUUAAUUAAGCUGAUAUGAACAUAUUGAAUUUAUACAUUUAAAUUGGUUAUAAUUCUGGCGUUGUUUUCACAGAUUUACCUGUUUUACCAUAAUCAGCUGAUACAUUUUAUAUUUGUUAAAGACAUCCCAUAACAGUGUUAUUUCUGUGCUCUUCGGAGGCAUCUUAAGGUUACUUUGUUAUUUCUAUUAUCAGUUAUUGUUUUUAUUUGAGGACAGAAUAAGCUAGCUUGCUGAGCCUUGCUGAUUUUUAACCUUGCUGACCCAGUUUGAACUUUCUGUCAUGUGAUCCUGUUGCCAUGUGACGGAUGGACCUCCCCUUUCGUUCACAGCGUGUUCUAAUGUGCACGUAGCAGUUUACGUCACACACAUUUUCCAUCUUUGUACCGUUUCAGUGAGACACUUUUGAGCUGUAAUCUGUGUGAACUGAAUAUGUUGCUAAAAGCAAAGGAAAUUGCAAAUUAUUAAAAAUGAAAAAUACUAAAACAAUCUGCUCUGGCCCAAGAGCUGAGCAAGCAGCUCAGUGUUAAAGGUGUGUUACAGCAGACAGGCAGGCAGCUUCAGUAUUCAUCAUGUUAAACACGGCAGUCUGCGUUCACAAGCCCGACACUCAGUCUGUCAUAGUGAUGACGUUUUAACUUUAUCAAAAACAACCAAUGCAUUGGAGGGUUGACUGUUUCAUAUACUCGGUAAACUAAACAGUGGUUUUAGUGCCUUGUGUUUUUUUUUUUAAUAUUCAAAACUAUCUUUCACUUUAUAAUCAUAAUAAUCACUAAAUGAUUAUUAAACUGUGCCAUAAUGCCAUCUCUGUUCUCUCUUUUUUUUUUACUUUACUUUUAGCAUCAGGGAGACCCACCUGCAUAUCCUAUGCAAAUUUACAGUAUGACUUUUUCUGCACCUUGAGAUUUUUUUUUCUGAAAAUUAUAGUAAUGCAUCCCACAGAACUGUUUAAAAUAGCCUACAGAAACGUCGCAUUUACUGUACAUAGGAGAUGGAAACUGCAUUGUCGAUAAAGCCUACCCACGAAUGCUGCUAAGUUCAAGCUUGCAAUGCUGUCAGCUGUAUAGAUACGGUGAUUCCAGUAUGUUCUGAUGCAUGGUAGCCAGAGGUGUAACCGUUACUUAUGAAGCCAUGCAUAAUCUUGUGGCAUAUACUGUUGUUGCAGAUUUAAUAUCAUUUUUUGGAAUGUAAUGAAUAUAAACCUAUUGAGCUGUGAAGAUACAAAUAAAACAGAACUAAGUUCCCUGGCAGUUUCUUACGUGUUACUGAUAUACAAGGGUCAGGUGACGAUUUUACAAUUGUGUAAAAGCCAUGUUUUGAAAUUUACCCAGCAACUCAAACAUUCAUCCCGUUUUUGAUUUCUAUUAAUAUCUGUUGAGCUGCUUUGCCGGCGCGUUGGGCCAGUAUGCUGUAAUUAAUCAAGGUGCAGGGUUAAACAGUAUUUUAUGAUGAAUAGUAUUAAUAAUGACACUGACUUUCUAGAGUAGGCUGUCCCCCCUCCCCCCAACGCUUUUGCGGUUUGGUGCAAGCAGUGGUUAGUGCUUUUUAAUAGUGAUACCAUUUAUUAAUGCUCUUUAGUGACUAGUCUUUUCUCUGUUAGAGUUUGCAGGAGUUCAUGCUGCUGUUAUAAUAUCCUUGUAACCUACAGUUGCUCUUUCUCUUUAAAUUGUAUCUGGUUGAUUUGCAAUUAAUGUUAUUAACUAAUUGACCUCUAAUUAAAGGAAUAAAAGAAUG